CUGCUAACCAACAGCGCACAUGUUGACAUCUGAAGAAGAAGAAGCACACCCAAAACAAAUAACUAUUUAUUUAAAUUAAUUAAUUUAAAGGCGAAAAACAAGUGCUAGCCAAGAUGCCAAAGGUCAAAACGGAAAAGAAGAGCCGCAUUCACACCGAGGUGCAGAAGCAGGGAAUCGUCUUCAACAAGGACUUUGGCCAGCACAUUCUGAAGAAUCCCCUGGUGAUAACCACCAUGUUGGAGAAGGCCGCUCUUCGGGCCACCGAUGUGGUGCUGGAAAUCGGUCCCGGCACGGGAAACAUGACCGUUCGGAUGCUGGAGCGCGCGAAGAAGGUGAUUGCCUGCGAGAUCGACACCCGCUUGGCUGCCGAGCUGCAGAAGCGUGUCCAGGCCACUCCGCUGCAGCCCAAGCUGCAGGUGCUCAUCGGGGACUUCCUGAAGGCGGAGCUGCCCUUCUUCGAUCUGUGCAUCGCCAACGUGCCGUACCAGAUCAGUUCGCCCCUCAUCUUUAAGUUGCUCCUGCACCGACCACUCUUCCGGUGCGCCGUGCUCAUGUUCCAGCGCGAGUUCGCCCAGCGAUUGGUGGCCAAGCCGGGCGACAAGCUCUACUGCCGCCUGAGCAUCAAUACCCAGCUCCUGGCCCGCGUGGACAUGCUCAUGAAGGUGGGCAAGAACAACUUCAAGCCGCCACCAAAGGUGGAGAGCAGUGUGGUGCGGCUGGAGCCGAAGAACCCACCGCCACCGGUCAACUUCACCGAAUGGGAUGGCCUAACGAGAAUCGCCUUCCUGCGCAAGAACAAAACGCUGGCGGCCACCUUUAAGGUAACCUCUGUGAUGGAGAUGCUCGAGAAGAACUACAAGUUGUAUCGCUCGCUUAGGAACGAGCCCGUCGAAGAGAACUUCAACAUGCAGGAGAAGGUCAUUGGCAUCUUGGAGGAACAGGAUAUGGCCAGCAAGCGUGCGAGAAGCAUGGACAUAGACGACUUCAUGAAGCUCCUGCUGGCUUUCAAUUCAGCCGGCAUCCACUUUAAUUAGUUGCAUAUAUACUUUAGUUCGUUAAACUUUGUACAAUUCUACCAACAUUAAUAUAAAUGUUAGACCCACAAAGUCUGGUUGACUCUCA